CACGCCGCUCGAGGACUCGCAGGUCGUCGUAAUCACGGCCGUGGCUGUCCUGAUGUGCGGAUGUUUCCUGGGUGCCGGGCUCCAAGACACCGUCCUCAGGAGGUCGUCCAAGUCGCGCAAGGCCAAGUUUCUGGACCGCGAUGAAGACAACAUGUCGACCUUCGCUAGACUCUGCUGUGUGCUUCUCAUACCGCUUUUUAAGGUCACCAUAAAGGGAGGCAAACCGUCGGACGAAUACCUGCCUCGACAUCGUGGUACCCUGCGCUGCCGAGACAUCGUAGACAGACUGCACUCGUUAUUGAGCAAGAACGUCCGGCGCCGGCUCGACUUCACGGUGGCCCUGCUGCGUGUCUUGUGGAUGGACGCCUUCCGGGUCAUCCUCUGCACCCUGGCCUACUUCGCCUGCCUGUUCGUCAAGGUGCCGCUGCUGGAGCAGGUGAUUGACAGCUGCGACGACACAGAGCGGAUCGUGUCGGCCUUCUUAUUCCUGGUGGCAAGCGGCGCGGAAUGCCUGCUCAGCGCUUACCAGAACGAGCUGUCCGCCAUCUGCGGCUGCCGUUUGCGCGCUGUUCUGCAGGGAUCCAUAUUUAAGAAGAUGACGCUGCUGUCCCCCUCUGCGAGAGCGGCCAUCUCGACGGGUCAGGUGCUGUCCAUACUCGGUGUGGACUGCUACCAGCUCGCCAUGAGCAUCUUCAAUUUCCCGUACCCGGUCUGCGGCCUUCUGUGCAUGCCAAUCAUGCUCUACCUGUUGGCGUGCAGAGUGGGCGCCGCAACACCCCUCUGCUGUGCCGGCUACCUGCUCUUCGUGUUUCUUCUUCCCAUCCCGAUAUCGAGGAUGCAGAAUUUCCUCUGGUUCCGCCAGAUGAGAGCGCGCGACGAGCGCCUCAAGCAGACCUCGGACCUGCUGUCUUCCGUGCGCCUGGUCAAGAUGUACGCCUGGGAAGACGCCUACAAGGACAAGCUGCUCCGUGCCAGAGACGUGGAGAUGAAGCCGCUUUUCUGGGUCAACGUGCUAGAUGGGCUGAUAGACUCCAUCUACAGCGCUUCCAGCUCUGUGCUGAUCAUCAUAUUCUUCGGAACCUUGGCCAUCUUCAACCCUGGAGUAAUGCUCCCGUCUUCCGUCGUGUUCAGUUGCGUCUACAUGAUUUUUAUAACGGAUGUCCCCAUGACGCAAACGUCCAUGGCCUUGCGAGUGAGGAGUCAGACGUCUUUGUCGCUGAGGAGGAUUGUGAAAUUCUGCACCGAGGAAGAGAAAGAAGAGGACCAGGUCAGGUCAGAGGACAUGAUGCUAAAGCACAAAGGAGAGGUGCUUCUUUCCAACUGUGAUUUCACCUGGACCAAGCCCACGGCUGACAAAGGUGGCGUGGGGCUCGACGACGUGAGCCUCCACGUGAAGCCCGGGUCACUGGUCGGCGUGGUCGGGUUCGUGGGCAGCGGGAAGUCCUCCCUCCUCGCCGGCAUCCUCGGGGACAUGCACGUCACGAAGGGCAGCGUCACGUGCGCUGGCCGUAUAGCCUACGUGCCACAGAUCGCCAACGUGCAUAACAUGAGCGUGCAGUGCAACAUCCUCUACGGAAAGCGCAUGCACCCCAAGAACUACAGCCGAGUGCUUGGCGCCUGUCAGCUUCACCAGGACGUGAACACAUUUCCAGCGGGGGAUCUCACCGAAGUGGGAGAAAAGGGUGAGACGUUGAGCGGCGGUCAGAAGCAGAGGAUCAGCCUGGCGCGGGCGGCCUACAACCAGGCGGACGUCUACCUUCUUGACGACCCUUUGAGUGCUCUGGACGCGGUGGUUUCGAGGAAGGUGUUCAAGGAGGUGAUCGGCAAGAACGGCAUCCUCAGAAAUAAGACGCGCAUUAUGGCGUGCAACCAGGGAUCAUUCUUGGAUCAGAUGGACAAGCUCGUGCUUGUUCACAACAGACGCGUCAUUGUUUACGACACUCUGGCGGAUCUGCUGAACGAUCCCAGGGCUCCCGAAACACUUCGCCAGGGGGCUGUGACGAAUGCCGCAGAGAAGAGCAAAAAGGAGUUUCCUGGCCGCGACAUGGAAAACAGCGGAGAGGGCGCGAAUGGACGGACGACUGUCGACGAAGUGGCCGAAUCUAAGAAGAGUGCCUGGCAGCUCAUACGUGCCUUGGCGAGAAUGUCCGGACCUUGUAUCGCCAUCGGCUUGCUCGCUUUCCUGGCGAGCGCGGUGGCUCUCGCGUGGCAGCUCAACUUGAUCAGAGCGUGGACCAGGGCUACGAGCAGCAGUGGGUCCACCGAAGCGCUGGGGCCGACUUGGAUCUGGGUUCUCGCCGCAGUCUGCGUCACCGACGUCAUGUGCAGGGUCCUCGGAAGCAUCCUCAUGGCUGUGGCGAUGCGGCGGCUCUCGGCCUCUCUGCACCGCGACAUGCUGAGUCACGUCCUGUCGAGUCCCGUGCCUUUCUUUGGGUCCACGCCGAGGGGCCGCAUAGUGAACCGGUUCUCGGUGGAUCUGGACCACAUAGACUCGCGGAUGUACUUGAGCGGCAAGCAGUUCAUCCAGAACUGUUUCCUCGCUGUCGCCAGGGUCAUCGUCAUCGGCACCCAGUCACCGUUCGUCUUGGCUGUCGCCGUCGUCUGCAUUGUCGGCCUCGUCGCCCUCAUCCGGCUGUCCCUGAAAGCGUCGCACGCCCCGAAGUUCCUCGAGGCCAUCCACACGUCCAGGUUGCUGUCCCACGUCACGGAGACCAUGGACGCGCUGAGCAGCAUCCGGGCCUACGGGGUCCUGGACCGCUUCUGCGCCCACUUCUGCCGCCUGGUGGACGCCAACAUGCGCGCUUACUGGGUCUUCUGCAUGUUCUACCGCUUCGUGCGUCUGGGCACGUCCCUGUUCGGCGUCAUCGUCGUCCUGUCCACGAUGCUGUUCGCGGUUCUGCUCCAGCCGCCGGGCGUGGUACCGGACCCAAGCACAGUGGGACUCACCCUGAGCGCCGCGUCUUCGAUUCUUCAAGCAAUGGCUAUCAUGUGCAUAAUGAUGUUCACAUCUCUCCAGACUGUGGUAUCAUUCGAGCGUUGCAUCGAGUUCACCGAACUUCCUCAAGAAAGUGAAGUGGAACCCGGAGCGGAGAAGUACGACUUUAACCCGGACCUCCCGAAGGCAGCGGAGUGGCCACAAGAAGGCAAGGUGGAGUUUGUCUCGUACGCGACGUCGUACAAACCCGGAAUUCUCCCGGACGUGCUCAAGGGCAUCACCUUUACCGUGAACCCUAGUGAAAAGGUAGGCGUUGUGGGCCGCACGGGAGCUGGAAAAUCUUCUCUGGUUAUGGCUCUCCUCCGAGUCUUGAAGAGCUCUCAAGGCUGCAUCCGAAUCGACGGCCUGGACAUUGCCGGCGUUCCUCUGCGGAAACUCCGCUCGGGCGUCACCAUCAUACCUCAGGACCCAAGCCUGGUGCGAGGCAGUCUGCGUGAAAACCUGGACCCGACGGAGUCUCACACGGACCAGGAGAUCUGGGCGGCCCUGAAGCAGGCUCACCUCAAAGACGUCGUGGCGAGGGACCCUAAGGGGUUGCUCCUCGACACCGGAGAUGGCGGAUCCAGCUUCAGCGUGGGUCAGCGUCAGCUGGUGUGCCUGGCCCGAGCCCUGCUGCGCAAGCCCCGGCUCCUGGUGUUGGACGAGGCCACGUCGCAGAUGGACGGCGACACGGACCAGUUGAUCCAGGCCACGCUCCGAGAAGCGUUCGCCCACUGCACCCAGCUCACCAUAGCGCACCGUAUACACACCGUGCUGGACUACGACAAGAUUCUUGUGAUGAGCGACGGCCGAAUUCUGGAGUACGGGACGGUUUCAGAGCUCCUUUCCAAUCCAUCGUCGGUGUUUAGAGACAUGGCCAGAGACGCUCUUAUUCAGACGGACUCGGGGAAGUAGACAAUGUCUUGAGGCCCAUCCCGACCGUCGGAAGACGACUGCCAGUUAGUGUGCCAUAAAAACACCAACUCAAACCGAAAAAGAAAAAAAAAAAAAUAUAUAUAUAUAUAUUUACGGGUCGGUCACGGUUAUGGUAACCAUAACUGACUGCAAACCUUUUUCGUUUACCCUCCUCCCCAGCCACGUUGUUGUCAAAUCCAAAAUGAAUAAAAAAAAACACAAAAAACGAUCAACAAUUAAACAGUUAGGAACAAGUAAAAAAAAUGAAAGCUGCUUAC